AGUUAACAGUGUCAACGCAGAAGCAUAUGUUUCCUUUGCGUGAUCUGGCAACACCUCAAUAAGCAUUAGUUAUUAUUCAUUUUCGAAAUUUCGUUUUAAAAGUGGGGUAAAAGUAUUAGAAAGACAAAGAAAAUGAGCAAAGCCAUACCAGACAGAUGGUUGAAAUACAAACCGAUUGGAGAUCGUCUUCCUGGCACUCGCUUCAUAGCAUUCAAGGUGCCGCUGAAUCAGCAUGUCAACGCCAGGGUGCAGGAGAACUGCCGCCUGGCGCCCGAGUCCCUUCUGGAGUCCGUCCCCGAUCUGGGUCUCAUCAUCGAUCUGACCAACACGAAUCGCUACUACCAUCCAAGUGCCCUAACCAACCACAAUGUGUGUCACCAGAAGCUGAUGAUCCCCGGGAAGAAGACGCCUAAGCGGAAUCUAGCUGAAAAAUUCUGUGGCAUCGUGGCAGACUUCCUUGAGAGCAAUGCGGAUAAUGACAAACUAAUUGGAGUCCAUUGCACACACGGAGUAAAUCGAACUGGAUACCUGAUCUGCUACUUCAUGAUCACCAUAAUGAACAAGUCCCCUGAGGAGGCGAUACAAACCUUUUCUUCGGCCCGCGGUCAUCAAAUCGAACGCGUAAAUUACUUGAGCUCUCUAAGGACACUCGAGAAUCGCAAGCCUCCUUCCACGGAUAGGUCUGAAGAUUGGCGUCAGCAGGUUACACAUAACGACAGGACUUGCAGAAGACUUGAUCGCUUGACCUCACAAACUGUGGGAUGGAAACGGGAAUCCUACCAGGAGCACCACGACCAUCGGAGAGACAACCGCUGGUUCCAAAAGAUUGAUUCCCGUAGCUAUGGACAGGAUCGAGAAGGACGGCAGGAUAGGACUCAAGGGAACCGAUCAGGAGGAGGCUAUCAGCCGAGCUGGAUACGCCAUGAUCAAAACUAUCACAGGAGCAGAAACUACAGCGAAAGAAUCUUCAGCGACAGAAACUACAGCGAAAGAAUCUGCAGCGACAGAAACUACAGCGAAAGAAAUCAAAGUAGAAGAAAUCAAGAGUAGCCGCUUGGUUGCAUUUAAUAUUUUAAUUUUAUAGAAAACCCCCACUUGAGUGUAAUAAAUUUCCAAUGGUGUGAUGAGCGAUUUGUAAA